UACGCUUCGUCCACACAAAUAGAUUAGACGACUAAGUACGUACCGAAAAGGCAAAUAAAUAAUUUGUCAAAAACGCUAGAAAAGUCUUCUCUGCUACCUCUCUCUGACUCCUCCCUUUCUUUUACGUGUUUUGACUUUCACAUUUUUGAACAUCUCUUCUUCUCUAUUUGUGUUAUUUUCCCCACCCCCAUAUAUAUAUACACAUCACUUCCUUCAAGUUCAAACCAGAAUAAUUCACAUCAAAUCUUCUACUUACUACUCAAUCAUCAACAUCUUUCUACUUUUGAGCACACCAAUCCAGAUUCAAAACCCUCAAAAUCUCCAUCUUCUUUCAGCAAAUUCGGAAGUACUUACAUAUAUCAAUAUUAUGGAUGCGGUAGUUGAUGUUCCGCCUUUUUUCCUCUGCCCCAUUUCUCUGGAGAUCAUGAAAGAUCCGGUGACGGUCUCCACCGGAAUAACUUACGACCGGGAAAGCAUCGAGAAAUGGUUGUUUUCCCAGAAGAAUACCACGUGUCCGGUCACCAAACAAGAGCUCCCGGAUUCGGAGUUGACCCCAAACAUCACUCUCCGACGAGUUAUCCAGGCCUGGUGCACGGUCAACGCAUCUUCAAAUGACGGGAUCGAAAGGUUCCCGACGCCAAAGGCCCCCAUCAGCAAAGCCCAGUUGCUUAAACUCCUCAAUGAGGCCCAUAACCAAUCUCCGCAGAUCCAAAUGAAGUAUCUCAAACGACUCAGAUCCAUUGCCUCUCACAACGAAACCAACAAACGGUGUAUGGAAAUGGUGGGAACUGCCGAUUUCUUAGCUUCCAUAGUAAACAAAGUCGGAGAAUCCGAAGGCUGUACGACGUCGUCGUCUGAGUUGACCAAAGCGAGUGAUGAAGCUCUAAGCCUUCUUUGCCAUAUCCAAUUAUCAGAAGAUGGGCUUAAAUCCCUCUUCCUAAGAAACUCCAGAUUAAUGGAGUCGUUAGUCCGGGUCAUGCAACGUGGCAGCUACGAAUCACGGGCCUACGCGGUUAUGCUACUCAAGUCCAUGUCCGAUGUUAUGGACCCGGCCCAGAUGACCGGGCUGAAAUCGGAGUUUUUCGUCGAAUUGGUCCAGAUACUGAAUGAUCAGAUAUCUCAGAAGGCUUCCAAGUCGGCGCUGAAGCUGCUGAUGAAUGUUUGCCCCGGUGGAAGAAACAGGAUCAAAGCGGUGGAAGCCGGAUUAGUCCAAGUACUAAUCGAUCUCCUCGUGGAUUCGACCGAAAAGCGGGCCAGCGAAAUGAUGAUGGUCGUGUUGGAACAGCUGUGCCAAUGUGCGGAGGGCCGGGCCGAGCUGUUGAAACACAGUGCGGGCCUGGCAAUUGUGUCGAAGAAGAUUCUUAGGGUUUCUCACGUGGCAAGCGAGAGGGCGGUGAAGAUUCUUCAUUCGGUGUCCAAGUUCUCGGCGACGUCGUUUGUGCUGGGAGAAAUGUUGAGUUUAGGGGUGGUGGCAAAGUUGUGUUUUGUGCUUCAAAUGGAGUGUGGGAGCAAGACGAAAGAUAGGGCAAGAGAGAUACUUAAGAUGCACGCUAGGGCUUGGAAGUCUUCUCCCUGCAUUCCCUCCAGUCUGAUCUCUUCAUAUCCAUGAUGAUCGAAUUAGUCACCGUCAGAAAUUUUUCUUGUGUAGAUAAUACGAUUCAUUCAUAUAUGAUCAUAGAAUUAAUUGAUACGGGCCGAAAAUUUAAUUUUUCGUUUUGGCGGCCAUAGGAAACUUAAAUGAUGUAAUUGGACAUAUACUGAUUCAUUUGACGAAACAAUUUUUUUUACGAAUUGGAUGAUUCUACAAAGAGUAAUCUCGAUUUUGAUCCGGCCCUCAAUUAUGUUCUCUACUAGUAUAGUGGUUUUAUCUUUCGUCAUCAUGAAUGAUCGUUCUUGAGAGUAUUUUCAUCAUAUAUAGUUGGAAUAGUAUAUGUAGUGAUAUUCAUUAUGUGUUAUGGGAGUUGUAAUUAAUUUCAUAUAUAAAUAUAUAGAACAUAUACAUAUAUACAUUCAUUUUCCUCCAAUUGUGCUCCUUGAUUUAUCAGUUUUUUCAGUUGUAUGAUUCAAGUUUUUUUU